AAUGUAGACUACAUUAUGUUCUACUUUGUCCGUAAAGCAAGUUAUUGCAUCUUAAAAGAACUACUGCUUAAUUACUUUGCAGAUGUAAAUGGCAAUAAAAGAAGUAGACCAAAUGAUAUGCCCAACACUGCAGUUGCUGCAGCAUUUCAGAGUUUGGGGGAAUUGGCACACAGAGAAUAUCAGGCAGGUGACUAUGAGAAUGCUGAGCGUCAUUGCAUGCAAUUAUGGAGACAGGAUCCAACAAAUACUGGAGUGCUUUUAUUAUUAAGUUCUAUACAUUUUCAAUGUCGUCGAUUAGAUAAAUCUGCACAUUUCAGUACAUUAGCAAUCAAACAGAAUCCAUUGUUGGCAGAAGCCUAUUCAAACUUGGGAAAUGUCUAUAAGGAACGAGGACAAUUACAGGAGGCUUUGGAGAAUUAUCGCCAUGCUGUGCGGCUCAAGCCAGAUUUUAUUGAUGGUUAUAUCAAUUUGGCAGCUGCUCUUGUUGCUGCAGGUGAUAUGGAACAAGCUGUACAAGCUUAUGUAUCAGCACUACAAUAUAAUCCAGAUUUAUAUUGCGUUCGCAGUGAUUUAGGUAAUCUCUUGAAAGCUUUAGGUCGUCUUGAUGAAGCAAAGGCAUGCUACUUGAAGGCAAUUGAAACCUGUCCUACCUUUGCUGUUGCCUGGAGCAAUCUUGGAUGUGUUUUUAAUGCUCAGGGAGAAAUAUGGUUAGCCAUACAUCAUUUUGAAAAGGCUGUUGCUUUAGAUCCUAAUUUUUUGGAUGCCUAUAUAAACUUAGGAAAUGUCUUAAAAGAAGCUAGAAUAUUUGACAGAGCUGUUGCUGCUUACUUAAGAGCAUUAAAUUUAAGUCCCAAUAAUGCUGUGGUUCAUGGAAAUCUUGCUUGUGUAUAUUAUGAACAAGGAUUGAUUGAUUUAGCCAUAGACACCUACAGAAGAGCUAUUGAAUUGCAACAUAAUUUUCCUGAUGCUUAUUGUAAUCUUGCAAAUGCUCUUAAAGAAAAAGGCCUAGUGGUAGAAGCAGAGGAAUGCUAUAAUACUGCACUGCGUCUUUGUCCAACACAUGCAGAUUCUUUAAAUAAUCUAGCUAAUAUCAAGAGAGAGCAAGGUUUUAUAGAAGAAGCUACUCGUUUAUACUUAAAAGCUUUAGAUGUAUUUCCAGAAUUUGCAGCUGCACAUUCAAAUUUGGCAAGUGUUCUACAGCAACAAGGAAAACUUAAUGAUGCUCUUAUGCAUUAUAAAGAAGCGAUUAGGAUUUCACCAACAUUUGCUGAUGCUUACUCUAAUAUGGGGAAUACAUUAAAGGAAAUGGGAGAUAUACAAGGUGCUCUACAAUGUUAUACUCGAGCUAUACAAAUUAAUCCUGCAUUUGCUGAUGCACACAGCAAUCUAGCCUCUAUUCAUAAAGAUUCUGGAAACAUUCCUGAAGCUAUUCAGUCAUAUCGCACAGCUCUGAAAUUGAAACCGGACUUUCCUGAUGCCUAUUGUAAUUUAGCCCAUUGCCUCCAGAUUGUUUGUGAUUGGACCGAUUAUGAGUUAAGAAUGAAGAAAUUGGUAGCAAUUGUUGCUGAUCAAUUGGAUAAAAAUAGGUUACCAUCUGUUCAUCCUCACCAUAGCAUGUUAUAUCCAUUGUCACAUGAUUUUCGCAAAGCUAUUGCUGCUCGUCAUGCAAACUUGUGCUUAGAAAAGAUUCAGGUAUUACAUAAACCACCUUAUCAACAUCCUAAAGACCUAGCUACUAGUAAUGGUCGGCUUAGAAUAGGCUAUGUUAGUUCAGAUUUUGGUAAUCAUCCAACUUCUCAUUUAAUGCAAAGUGUCCCUGGAAUGCAUAAUAGAGAUAAAGUAGAAAUUUUCUGCUAUGCAUUAAGUCCUGAUGAUGGAACUACAUUCCGUUCAAAAAUUGCCAAUGAAACAGAGCAUUUUGUUGAUUUAUCUCAGGUUCCUUGCAAUGGAAAAGCAGCAGAUCGUAUAUAUUUAGAUGGAAUUCAUAUCCUGGUAAACAUGAAUGGCUAUACUAAAGGAGCUCGUAAUGAAAUCUUUGCUCUUAGACCUGCCCCAAUACAAGUUAUGUGGUUGGGAUAUCCUGGUACAAGUGGUGCUCCAUUCAUGGACUAUAUUAUUACAGAUAAAGUGACUUCUCCAUUGAAUUUGGCAAACCAAUAUUCUGAAAAACUUUCGUACAUGCCAGACACCUUUUUUGUUGGAGAUCAUAAGCAAAUGUUUCCUCAUUUAAUUGAACGGGCCAUCAUUGAUGCUAAAGACAGUUUAAGUAAAAAGCAUGAAGUGCCAGAUAAUGUCAGUAUUGUUAAUGCUACUGAUUUAUCUCCAAUAAUCGAGAAAGCAGAAGUUAAGAAAAUCCGAGAAGUGGCUGUAGCACCUACUGUUAUAUCAGAGAAGGCAGAACCUAGAUUGGAAAAAGUGGAAGUGGUCAAAACUGUGAUUGAAUUGGCAACCACUACACCUGUACAAAAUAUGAUAAGUACAGGACAAGUACAGACUUCGGUUAAUGGCAUUGUAGUACAGAAUGGUCUUGCAACUAAUCAGAUUAACAAUAAAGCUGCAACUGGUGAGGAAGCUCCAAAAAGUAUAUUGGUCACUUCCAGACAGCAGUAUGGAUUACCUGAAGAUGCAAUUGUAUAUUGUAAUUUCAACCAGUUGUACAAAAUUGAUCCUGCUACACUGCAAACAUGGGCCAAUAUUUUAAAACGGGUGCCAAACAGUGUCUUGUGGCUUUUGCGAUUUCCUGCCGUUGGUGAACCAAACAUCCUUUCGUCAGCAGCACAGAUGGGAGUGCCACACAACAGAAUCAUAUUUUCCAACGUAGCGGCCAAAGAGGAACAUGUGAGACGGGGUCAGUUAGCAGAUGUGUGUUUGGACACUCCUCUCUGCAACGGACACACUACCGGAAUGGAUGUUCUAUGGGCAGGCACACCAAUGCUGACUCUAUCAGGCGAAACUUUAGCUUCUAGAGUUGCCUCUUCUCAGUUAACAUGUCUAGGUGUACCAGAAUUAAUUGCUAGAUCAAGGCAAGAAUAUGAAGACAUUGCUGUAAGAUUAGGAACCAAUAAAGAAUACCUCAAGGCCAUCCGAGCCAAAGUGUGGCGUGCCAGGACGGAGAGCCCUCUAUUUAACGUGAAAACCUACGCUUCGAAUCUGGAACAGCUCUUCUACAAAAUGUGGUUGAGAUACGAGAAGUCGGAAAAACCCGAUCACAUCACGGAAUAAAUCAUUUGUAUCAUAACAUUACCUAUUAUUAUAAAGCAAUCGAAGCUCUGUCAUUCCUUUCAAAUGUUGCCACGAAAAUAUCGGCUGCUCGAAAGUGCCCAUUCUAAUAAUUAUUUUCUUUGUGAUUAUCAUAUUACACGAAUUGAUUGUGUACAUUGAGUUUAAUAAGGAACGUAAGGAACAGUCUUUCAAGAUUUUGUAAACAAUUAUAACCCUCCAAUAAGAAUUUUCGAGACUUUUAUUAUUUUUUUUAAUUCCAGUUAGAUUAAAUGGAAUGAAAUUAAAAACACUCUAUAUAGCAGUUCUUGUGUACUUUCCAUAGAUUUUCUUGGCAUGGAUGUCAAGUUGGUUAAAAAAAAAAGCUUGUGGAUAGAUUUUAGAAAUGCACAUCAAACAGUAUUGUGUGAAAAAGUUUCCCUUGUAUAAAUAAAUAUUUCUUACUUAUUCCCCUGAAAUAUAUCUGCAAAUUUUUUCCCACCGACGCUCGGUUGUUUUUUACGUUGGUUUAUGGUGUUAAUUAGCUAACUAAAUUUUUCUUAUAAAACGAAAUAGUGAGUUCAGACGGCGUCAAAGUACAAUGUUUUGUUUGCCCAGGUCAAAGAAGGAACGUUCUUUGGUUAUUAGUGUCCCAGGGUAAGAAUGGAUUUCGAGGAAAAUAGUACGGUGUUUAUGUAUACUGUAUAUGUUUUACUUCAUUACGAAGUGUUAAAUUAGAAAAAAUUACAUAUUUGAAA